UGCUAAGCUUCGAGGUUCAAAAAAAAAAAAAAAAAAUCCCCAAAUCCCCAAAUUAGCCGGGAUUGAAUAAUGUCCGGUGAUAAUUCAACGGAGGGUGGCCGACGACGCAGCCGAGGAGCGGAGGCAUCGAGUCGGAAAGACGCACUCGAGAGGCUGAAGGCGAUUCGACAAGGGGGACUUCGGAAUCUAUCAGCUUCAGGUGGUGGGUACGAUAUUAGGCUAGAGAAGCCAAUCUUCGAUACGGUUGAUGAUGACGAGUACGACGCACUUGUUUCCCGGAGACGCGAGGAGGCUCGCGGAUUUGUAGUCGACGACGAGGAAGGUGGCGGUUUGGGAUAUCUCGACGAAGGUGAGGAGGAGGAUUGGUCGAAACCAAGUGGACCAGAAUCGACUGAUGAAUCAGACGACGGUGGUAGGUUUAGUGGCAGACUUAAGAAGAAGAAAACGGAGAAGAAGAAAGGGAAAGAAAUGAUGCAGCAACCUCAGAUUAAGAAGGUGAAUCCGGCGCUUAAGGCUGCUGCUACUAUCACUGGUGAAGGUAGACUUUCUUCUAUGUUCACAUCUUCAAGUUUCAAGAAGGGGAAAGAGACUGAUACAGGGAAGUGCGAGGGUAUACUCAAUGAGGUAAUUGCACAGGUUACUCCUGAUGAUCUUGACAGGGAAAGGCAUAAGAGAAGGAUACAACCAGGUACUGAUCCAGUUACUAUCUCUAGGAACAAAAAACUCAUUUCUGUUACUUCAAGCAUGAAAGUGAAGGAAUCAGAACCAAGACCUUCAGUGUACGAGGGUGAUUGUGUUUCCAUGGAGGAUGAGUUGAUGAAAGAUUUGAAAGAGGAAGAUAUGAAAGAGUCUGAAGUUAUUCCUCCGUAUGUUUCUGAGAAUAUUGAAUUACCUGGAAGUGAUAGUGUUGUAGAGGAUGGAUCAAACAAGAUUAGGAACGCUGAGGUGAAGACCGAGUUAGGUGUAAAGGAGGUGUUUACAUUGAAUGCAACAACUGAUAUGAAAGAUAAGGACCCGGCUUUAAGCGCCUCUGCUGGUUGGAAGGAAGCGAUGGGAAAAGGUGCAACUGAGAAUAGGGACUUACUUGGUUCUAGUUGUGAAGGGCAAACUGAAUUUGAUUUGAAUGCUGAUGGAUCACUUCAUUUCUACAUUCUUGACGCUUAUGAGGAGGCUUUUGGCGCGAGCAUGGGCACAAUAUAUCUGUUUGGGAAGGUUAAAAUGGGAGAUACGUACAAGAGUUGUUGUGUGGUAGUUAAGAAUAUUCAGAGGUGUGUUUACGCUGUUCCAAAUGAUUCCAUAUUUCCUUCCCAUGAACUAAUCAUGCUCGAGCAAGAGGUGAAAGACUCUCGACUUUCUCCUGAAUCCUUUCGCGGGAAAUUACAUGAAAUGGCAUCAAAACUGAAGAACGAAAUUUCUCAGGAAUUGUUACAACUCAAUGUUUCAAAUUUUAGCAUGGCGCCUGUCAAGAGAAAUUGUGCUUUUGAGAGACUGGAUGUUCCUGCAGGCGAACAAUUUGUUUUGAAGAUAAAUUAUCCAUUUAAGGAUCGUCCACUUCCAGAAGAUCUUAAAGGCGAGUCUUUCUGCGCUUUGCUCGGGUCUCAUACCAGUGCUUUGGAACAUUUUAUUCUUAAGAGGAAGAUCAUGGGACCUUCUUGGCUCAAAAUUUCAAACUUCUCUACUUGCUCACCUUCUGCAGGAGUGAGCUGGUGCAAGUUUGAGGUUACUGUUGACUCUCCCAAGGAUAUCACUGUUUUAGUUUCGGAGGAGAAGGUGGUUCAUCCUCCUGCUGUCGUUACAGCCAUAAAUUUAAAGACUAUGGUUAAUGAAAAGCAGAACAUAAGCGAAAUCGUUUCUGCAUCUAUUCUCUGCUUUCACAACGCCAAGAUUGAUGUUCCAAUGCCAGCUCCAGAAAGAAAGAGAUCUGGUAUUCUGAGUCAUUUCACCGUUGUUAGGACUCCUGAAGGAACUGGUUACCCAAUUGGUUGGAAAAAAGAAGUGGCUGACAGAAAUCUAAAGAAUGGCUGCAGUGUUUUAAGUAUUGAAAACAGUGAAAGAGCAUUGUUGAACCGAUUGUUUUUGGAGUUGAACAAAUUGGACAGUGAUGUUCUUGUGGGACAUAAUAUAUCAGGUUUUGAUCUGGAUGUUCUUCUUCAAAGAGCCCAGGCUUGCAAAGUUCAGAGUAACAUGUGGUCCAAAAUUGGCCGACUUAAACGCUCUUUCAUGCCUAAGCUUAAAGGAAACACUAAUUUUGGGUCUGGAGCUACACCAGGGCUCAUGUCUUGUUUUGCUGGAAGGCUCUUGUGUGAUACAGAUCUGUGUUCUCGUGACUUGUUAAAGCAGGUCAGUUAUUCGUUAACGGACCUUUCAAAGACACAGCUGAACCGGGACAGGAAAGAGAUAGCGCCCAAUGAUAUUCCCAAAAUGUUUCAGUCAUCCAAAACACUUGGGGAACUUAUUGAAUGUGGUGAGACGGAUGCAUGGUUAUCCAUGGAGCUCAUGUUUCACUUAAGUGUUCUUCCUCUCACUCUCCAGCUUACUAACAUAAGCGGCAAUCUUUGGGGGAAAACACUUCAAGGAGCCAGGGCGCAGAGAAUCGAAUACUACUUACUACAUACAUUCCACUCGAAAAAGUACAUUCUCCCAGACAAAAUAUCACAACGUAUGAAGGAAAUAAAGUCAUCAAAAAGAAGAAUGAAUUAUGGUCCGGAGGAACGCAAUGUAGAUGAAUUAGAUGCUGACAUGGCUUUGGAGAAUGAUCCGUCUAAGGGCAGCAAAACAAAAAAAGGUCCAGCCUACGCUGGUGGACUGGUGUUGGAGCCAAAGAGAGGCUUAUAUGACAAAUAUGUGUUGCUUCUGGAUUUCAAUAGUCUUUACCCUUCUAUUAUACAGGAAUACAAUAUCUGUUUUACGACUAUACCACGAUCUGAAGAUGGAGUUCCUCGUUUACCUUUGAGUCAGACACCUGGAAUUCUUCCAAAGUUGAUGGAACAUUUGGUUAGUAUAAGGAAAAGCGUCAAAUUAAAGAUGAAGAAGGAAACAGGUCUCAAGUACUGGGAGCUUGACAUUCGGCAGCAGGCAUUAAAGCUCACAGCCAACAGUAUGUAUGGAUGUCUGGGGUUUUCUAAUUCAAGAUUCUAUGCUAAGCCUUUAGCAGAACUCAUAACACUACAGGGAAGGGAGAUCCUGCAAAGAACCGUGGAUCUUGUCCAGAAUCAUUUAAACCUAGAGGUAAUAUACGGUGACACAGAUUCAAUCAUGAUUCACAGCGGACUAGAUGAUCUUGAAGAGGUGAAAGCCAUUAAAUCAAAAGUCAUCCAAGAGGUCAAUAAGAAGUAUAGGUGUCUAAAAAUUGACUGUGAUGGUAUAUACAAGAGAAUGCUUCUUCUUCGAAAAAAGAAGUAUGCUGCUGUCAAGUUGCUGUUUAAGGAUGGGAAGCCUUGCGAGGACAUUGAGAGAAAAGGUGUGGAUAUGGUCCGUCGAGAUUGGAGCUUGCUCUCUAAGGAAAUAGGAGAUUUAUGCCUGAGUAAAAUCUUGUAUGGAGGGUCAUGUGAGGAUGUUGUUGAAGCAAUUCAUAACGAACUUAUGAAGAUACAAGAGGAAAUGAGAAAUGGGCAAGUUGCGCUUGAGAAGUAUGUCAUCACCAAGACAUUGACUAAACCGCCUGCAGCUUAUCCAGAUUCCAAAAGCCAACCACACGUUCAAGUUGCACUCAGAAUGAGGCAACGUGGAUAUAAAGAAGGUUUCAAUGCUAAGGAUACUGUACCAUAUAUAAUCUGCUAUGAACAGGGUAAUGCUAGCUCUGCCAGUUCAGCAGGGAUUGCUGAACGUGCUAGGCAUCCCGAUGAGGUGAAAUCAGACGGAAGCAGAUGGUUGGUUGAUAUAGAUUACUACUUGGCACAACAGAUUCAUCCGGUGGUGUCUCGUCUAUGCGCAGAGAUUCAAGGAACAAGUCCUGAACGUCUAGCCGAGUGUUUAGGACUUGACCCAUCACAGUACCAAAGCAAAUCAAACAACGCCACGAGCAGUGAUCCUUCGACCUCCCUCUUAUUUGCUACAAGCGAUGAAGAAAGAUAUAAAAGCUGUGAGCCGUUAGCAUUAACAUGCCCCAGCUGCUCUACUUCUUUCAACUGUCCAUCUAUUGCCAGUUCUGUUUGUGCGUCAAUCAGUAAGAAACCUGCGACACCUGAAACAGAGGAAUCUGAUUCCUCAUUCUGGCUUAAACUGCAUUGCCCGAAAUGUCAGCAGGAAGAUAGCACUGGAAGAAUAUCCCCUGCUACGAUAGCUAACCAGGUGAAAAGACAGCUUGAUGGAUUUGUGUCAAUGUAUUACAAAGGCAUAAUGGUGUGUGAUGACGAGUCUUGCAAGCACACAACCCGCUCCCCCAACUUUCGCUUGCUUGGUGAACGUGAACGGGGAACAGUUUGCCCAAACUAUCCUAACUGUAACGGAACCCUCUUAAGAAAGUACACUGAAGCAGACUUGUACAAGCAACUGUCCUAUUUCUGCCACAUUUUAGACACACAAUACUCUCUAGAAAAGAUGGAUGUUGGCAUGAAAAUUCAAGUAGAGAAAGCAAUGGCGAAGAUAAGACCUGCGGUUGAAUCAGCAGCAGCCAUCACUCGAAGUAUUAGAGACCGGUGUGCUUAUGGAUGGCUGCAACUCACAGACAUAGCUAUUUGAUAGUUGUAACUUGUAAUAAUCAUCUCAUGUAACUAAAUCAAUCUUUUAUAUAAUCUUCUUCAGACAUCAUUAUAAUCAAACUACUCAGUUUUGUUCA